GGGAGUAAAGCAGGAAGGUGACUGGAGCUCGCGGCAACGACACAAAACGCGCCAAAUUCCUUUGGCGGCGGCACCGAAUGAACAACGGAAAUAUAUAUUUGCAAUAAUAUUCUAUAUACCAGUGACACCGCGAAUUGUAUGUAAAUGCUUAAGGAGAUAUGACGUUUUAUCGUUGUUGGUAGGACAUUAGUGAUAUGCGAGCAGCUGAAAAUUCAUAAACUCGCGCUGAAAGUGUGUGACGGUCGAGUUGUGUGCAGUGAAACUGUUAUCUAACUAACUAGUUCUUCUGUAUUUAGUGACUGAUUUGAGUCUUGAAGAUACUUGUCAGUUAUGGUUUUACAAAACAGUUGGCGAUAUAAAGCAGACCGAGGUGGAGAUCAGGACAACCAGCAGGAUGAUGCAUCAGCUUUGUCCGCUGUCAAGAGGCUGGAGCGCAGUCAGUUCACUGAUGGGAUGGAUGAGCGCUUUGGGUUUGAACGGAUGAAGGAGCCUGGGGAGAAAACGGGAUGGCUGAUCAACAUGCACCCGACUGAGAUUCUGGAUGAUGACAAGCGGAUGAUCAGUGCUGUGGACUAUUACUUUAUACAGGAGGAUGGAAGCAGAUUCAAGGCUGCUCUUCCCUAUAAGCCGUAUUUCUACAUAGCCACUAAAAAGAACUGUGAAAGAGAGGUUAUCUCCUUCCUGUCAAAGAAGUUCCAGGGAAAAGUGGUGAAGCUUGAAGUUGUCCCAAAGGAAGAUUUAGAUCUGCCUAAUCACCUGGUGGGCCUGAAGAGGAAUUACAUCAAACUGUCUUUUAACACGGUGGACGAUCUUAUUAAAGUGAAAAGGGAGAUCUCACCUGCUGUCCGCAAGAACAGAGAGAGAGAGAAGUCCAAUGAUGCCUAUACCAGCAUGUUGUCCAGUGCUUUGGUUGGUGGGAGCGUGGUGACGGAGGAUGAGGAUGGCACAUCGAAGAAAAUGACUGAGCAGCUUGACAACAUCAUAGACAUGCGGGAAUAUGAUGUGCCUUAUCAUGUCCGCCUUUCUAUUGACCUGAAGAUUCAUGUGGCUCACUGGUACAAUGUGCGGUACAGAGGAAGUGCCUAUCCUCCUGAGAUUGUGCGCAGGGAUGAUCUUGUGGAAAGACCUGAUCCGGUAGUGUUGGCGUUCGAUAUUGAGACCACUAAACUCCCUCUGAAGUUUCCUGAUGCUGAAACAGACCAGAUCAUGAUGAUAUCGUACAUGAUAGAUGGGCAGGGCUUCCUCAUCACAAACAGAGAAAUAGUCUCUGAGGACAUUGAGGACUUUGAGUUCACCCCAAAACCUGAAUACGAGGGCCCCUUCACUGUAUUUAAUGAACCUGAUGAGGCCUCUCUCAUUCAGAGAUGGUUUGAACACAUCCAUGAGACCAAGCCGAACAUUUUUGUCACUUACAACGGAGAUUUCUUUGACUGGCCAUUUAUAGAGACCAGAGCGGCCCAACUUGGCCUAAGUAUGCAUCGGGAGAUCGGCUUCCAGAAGGACAAUCAGGGGGAAUAUAAAGCCAGCCAGGCUAUUCACAUGGACUGUCUCAGGUGGGUAAAGAGAGACAGUUACCUGCCAGUAGGAAGUCAUAACCUCAAGGCUGCAGCGAAAGCUAAGUUAGGCUAUGACCCUGUAGAGCUGGACCCAGAGGAGAUGUGUCGUAUGGCUACUGAAGAACCACAGACUCUGGCCACCUAUUCAGUGUCUGACGCUGUGGCCACAUAUUACCUUUACAUGAAAUAUGUUCAUCCCUUCAUUUUUGCCCUCUGCACCAUAAUUCCUAUGGAACCCGAUGAGGUUUUGCGAAAAGGCUCCGGUACCCUGUGCGAAGCCUUGCUGAUGGUUCAGGCCUUCCAUGUCAACAUUGUUUUCCCAAACAAGCAGGAGCAGGUCUUUAACAAACUCACAGAUGAUGGUCAUGUACUUGAUUCUGAGACUUAUGUUGGUGGCCACGUCGAGGCUCUAGAGUCUGGUGUGUUUCGCAGUGAUAUCCCCUGCCGCUUUAAAAUGAAUCCAGCAGCCUUUGACUUCUUGCUUCAGAGGGUGGAACGCACUCUUCGUCAUGCAAUUGAGGAAGAGGAGAAGAUUCCCCUUGAGCAGGUCACCAACUUUAAUGAGGUGUGUGAUGAGAUCAAGAGGAAGCUGAUCUCUCUGAAGGAAGUUCCCAAUAGAAUUGAGUGUCCUCUUAUUUACCAUCUGGAUGUGGGGGCCAUGUACCCCAACAUCAUCCUCACCAACAGACUACAGCCUUCUGCCAUGGUGGAUGAGGCGACCUGUGCCGCCUGUGAUUUUAAUAAACCUGGUGCAAACUGUCAGCGCAGGAUGACUUGGCAGUGGAGAGGAGAGAUCAUGCCUGCCAGUAGAAGUGAGUUUCAUCGCAUUCAGCAACAAUUGGAGUCGGAGAAGUUUCCCCCUUUCUUUCCUAAUGGUCCACCUCGUGCUUUCCAUGUGCUCAACAGAGAAGAGCAGGCCCGGCAUGAGAAGAAGCGGUUGGGAGACUACUGUAGAAAAGCCUAUAAGAAGGUUCACCUGACCAGACUGGAGGAGAGAGUCACUACCAUUUGCCAGAGAGAGAACUCCUUUUAUGUUGACACGGUUCGAGCCUUCAGAGACCGUCGAUAUGAGUUCAAAGGCCUCCACAAGGUGUGGAAGAAGAAGCUGUCUACAGCGCAGGAUAACGGGGACGCAGCGGAGGUGAAGCGCUGCAAGAACAUGGAGAUUCUCUAUGAGUCUCUGCAGCUGGCGCACAAGUGCAUCCUCAACUCCUUCUAUGGAUAUGUCAUGAGAAAAGGAGCACGUUGGUACUCGAUGGAGAUGGCAGGGAUUGUCUGUUUCACCGGUGCCAACAUUAUCACACAGGCCAGAGAACUCAUUGAGCAGAUCGGGAGGCCUCUGGAAUUGGACACUGAUGGUAUCUGGUGUGUUCUUCCCAACACCUUUCCUGAGAACUUUGUCAUAAAAUCCACCAAUGAAAAGAAGCCAAAGGUGACCAUCAGUUAUCCAGGAGCCAUGCUGAAUAUCAUGGUCAAGGAGGGCUUCACGAAUCAUCAGUAUCAAGAGCUGGUGGACCCAGCAUCUCUAACAUAUGAGACCAGAGCUGAAAACAGCAUCUUCUUUGAAGUUGAUGGGCCAUACUUGGCUAUGAUCCUGCCUGCCUCCAAAGAAGAAGGGAAAAAACUAAAGAAGAGCACAGCCAAGCGUCUUGCCGAAUUCCUUGGAGAUCAGAUGGUGAAGGAUGCCGGCCUCAGCUGUCGCUAUGUCAUAUCUCGCAAACCGGAGGGCUCACCAGUCACUGAAAGGGCGAUCCCUCUGGCAAUUUUUCAGGCUGAAGAGAGUGUUAAAAAGCAUUUUCUACGCAAGUGGCUGAAGAUGCCCAGUCUCUAUGAUCUUGAUAUUAGAUCUAUUCUGGACUGGGGUUACUACAUUGAGCGGUUGGGCAGUGCCAUACAGAAGAUCAUCACUAUCCCUGCAGCUCUACAGCAGGUGAAAAAUCCAGUACCCCGAGUACGGCAUCCAGACUGGCUGCAUAAGAAGCUUCUGGAAAAGAAUGAUAUCUACAAGCAGAAGAAGAUCAGUGAGCUCUUUACCAGUGAGGGAAAGAGACAGGUGGCCCAUCAAACGCUAGCAGCAGGUGAGACCCCUGAUAUGGAGGACUUCGGUGCUCCUCAGCGCCCCAUGCAGCCCGCCAUACUCAUCAGCACAAAGAGGAAGAGGAUAUCUCAAGGACAGGAGAGCCAGGCUGAGUCUCAAGAGCAAGAACUCACACAGUCUUGGAGAGAAAUACUGGGGUCACCACCAGCUAUGGGCGCCACCCGGGAGGAAAUUCUUGUCUGGUUGCGCUACCAUAAGAAAAAAUGGGAACUGCAGCUUCGUCAGAGGAAAGAACAGCGGAAGCGACGCCGCUUGAUUGAUGGGGAAUCUCAGCCGACUGGGGGUGGUGUAAUCCGAGAUGGACCAACGACAGGGCUGGGCAGCUUCCUGCGGAGAACCGCCCGCAGUAUUCUAGACAUGCCCUGGCAAAUUGUACAGAUUGCAGAAACCAGUCACCCAGGCUUUUAUAAGCUGUGGGCGGUCAUUGGCAGUGACCUGCACUGCAUGAAACUCAACAUCCCACGAGUGUUUUAUGUCAAUCAGAAAGUGCCCAAGCAAGAAGAGGGAUCUAAUUGCAAAAAGGUGAACCGGAUACUUCCACGCUCUGGUGUGGUGUACUACCUGUACCAGUAUGCAGUUCCUGAGGACAUGUACCAGGAACACAUCAAUGAGAUCAAUGCUGACCUCUCUGCUCCUGAUAUUGAGGGUGUCUAUGAGACACAGGUUCCAUUGCUGUUCCGGGCUCUGGUCCAGCUGGGUUGCAUGUGUAUGGUCAAUAAACAGGUGGUCAGAGACCUGGCUGGCAGAGAGGCUGAUUCCUUUGACCUGGAGCACCUAGAGAUGAGAUCCCUGGCCCAGUUCAGCUACCUCGAGCCAGGCUGUGUAAGGCACAUCUACCUGUACCAUCACAGUCAAGGCCAUAAGGCUCUCUUUGGCCUCUUCAUACCAUCCCAACGCAAAGCCAGCAUCUUUGUUCUUGACACGAUUGCAGAGACCAAUCACCCGGGUCUUUAUAAGCUGUGGGCGGUCAUUGGCAGUGACCUGCACUGCAUGAAACUCAACAUCCCACGAGUGUUUUAUGUCAAUCAGAAAGUGCCCAAGCAAGAAGAGGGAUCUAAUUGCAAAAAGUAUGUCUGUAAAGUACUUGGGGUUUUUCCAGUUUGUGUGGAGUUGGAUAUUCAGAGUUUGGCAGUGAACACCAUUCUACAGUCCCAGCAUGUUAACGAUAUGGAAGGCGGGGCCAGCAUGGGCGUCAGCUUUGAUGUCAUUCAGCAUGCGUCUCUGGAGGAAAUGAUGUCAGGGAAUCAGGGGGCAAAUGCAGUGGCCAGCUAUGAUGAGACGGCACUCUGCUCCAACACAUUCAGGAUUCUGAAGAGUAUGGUUGUUGGUUGGGUUCGAGAGAUUACGCAGUAUCAUAACAUCUACGCUGAUAACCAGGUGAUGCAUUUUUACCGGUGGUUGCGAUCACCCAGUUCUCUGCUAUACGACCCGGCCUUGCACCGCACCCUCCUCAACAUGAUGAAGAAGAUCUUCCUGCAACUUGUGGCAGAGUUCAAGCGCCUGGGAUCAUCUGUGAUCUAUGGAAACUUCAACCGACUCAUCCUCUGCACCAAGAAACGGCGCAUUGAUGACGCCAUUGCAUACGUGGAGUACAUCACUAACAGUAUCCAUUCAAAGGAGAUCUUCCACUCUCUGUCCAUCACAUUCUCACGCUGUUGGGAGUUUCUGCUGUGGAUGGAUCCAGCUAACUGUGGAGGAGUGAAGGGAAAGCUGCCCUCGAGCCUUCUGUAUGGAGAGCAUGACAAUGAAAAGAAGAAAAAGAAGAAUGGAGAAGAGGAGGAUGGAAGUGAGGAUGAGGAUGAAGAUGAAGAAAACCAAGGGGAGGAUGAAGAACAGGAUGGGGAAGAGGAUGUAGAAGACUUGAUUGAAAGUAACUGGAACAUCAUGCAGUAUCUUCCUCAAACAGCAUCCUGUCAGAAAUACUUUCUCAUGAUCAUUUCAGCCUACAUUGCAGCUGUCUAUCACAGCAUGAGACAAGAGCUUCGGCGAAACGCCCCUGGUGCUACUCCUAUUAAGAGACGAGGAGCGACCCAAGCGUCCCAGCAGCCAACUGGGGAUGUCAGUGCACUUCCUGGUUUGAUUACAUUCUCUCAGGAGUAUGUGUCAAGUGAACUCACACAGAACUUCUUCACCAUCACUCAGAAGAUUCAGAAGAAAGUGUCGAGCACUCGUAGUGUUACGCUCCCAUCUGAGAUGUUUCCUGUUCUUCCUGGUUCUCACUUGCCCCUCAACAACCCUGCUCUGGAGUUUAUUAAAUACGUCUGUCAGGUGCUCUCUCUGGACGCCAACAUUGUCAAUCAGGUGAACAAACUGAAGCGAGAUCUUUUGCGAUUGGUGGAUGUUGGAGAAUUCUCAGAGGAUGCCCAGUUCCGUGACCCCUGCAAGUCCUACGUCCUGCCCGAGGUCAUCUGCCACCACUGUAACUUCUGUCGUGAUCUUGACCUCUGCAAAGACCCUGCAGUUUCCCAGGAUGGUUCAGUUCUUCCUCAGUGGUUCUGCUCUAACUGUCAGGCCCAAUACGACACAGAGUCCAUAGAAAUGGCCCUGGUGGAGGCGCUCCAGAAGAAGCUCAUGAGUUACACACUACAAGACCUGGAAUGUGCCAAAUGCAAAGGAGUGAAGGAAGCAAACAUGCUGCUGUACUGUAGCUGUGCUGGAGAUUUCAACCUCAGCUUCACCACAAAGAGCUUCACUGAACAGGUGGAAGUAUUCCGGAACAUUGCCGCCCACUAUAACAUGAACUUCCUGCUAGAGACCAUUGACUGGGUGCUUAGUAUGAACGCAUAGAUGCUUUUCCACCCGAUACGCUCCAUCAUUUGUGCCAAGCUAAGUGUGUGUGAGCCAUUUGUACAGAUCUGAAUUCUUAUGAAGUGUGUGUACAUUAUCACAGUGGAAAAAUGUUGGUACCGGA